AUGCUUAAGGCACUGGUGACUAAAUUGCCGCAAGAGAUUUCAGAGGAAAUAGACGCUGAGAAGCGAGCCUGCAGCCUGGUAAUCUCCGGACUUCCUGAGGCACCGGCUGAUCUGCGUCCAUCAGCGAAGCAAGGCGACCUUGAGUCUAAAGAUGAGGCUGGAAACCAGUACGUCGAUGACGCAGCCAAAGCUGAAGCUCUAGCUCAAUACUUUGCCUCUGUUUUUAUUCCGGACUCUAGUUCACUUGAUGAAGUUUCACCUUUGGCUCACGACUUAGCAUACGAGACACCUCAUGAGCAAGUACGGGGCUUCAAGAUUGUACUGAUCUCCCCAGAUCUAGUUUGA